AUGGAUUUUUCCUACAAAAAUGUGAGUUUUCUUGUAGUAUUCUUGAUUGCUGCUCACUUUUUUCAGCUAUGUUGUGCUGAUCCUACAGAUGGGUUCACCAAUGUGCCAUUAACAGAAGAAAAUUUCGAAAUCCAAAGGCCAUAUGAUAUACCCCUUGAAGAGAGAUACAGCUUCGUAAAUGGAACUCAUCGGCUAUGGGUUUAUGCAGACGAUAAGCCACACGAUCCCAACAGCCACACACAGCCACGAACAGAAGUCAGGAUACGUGGCCUUGAUUACUAUUCUGGUGUAUGGCAAUUUGAAGGCCAUGCCUUUGUGCCAAAUGGAACUUCUGGUGCCACAAUUUUGCAAAUUCAUGGUGCAUCCCAUGGGGCGACAACGAUAAUAUUAAGAAUCUACAAUGGAGACAUGAGAUACUACAGCGGUCAAGUGGUGGCAACGGACCUGUACGAUAAAUGGUUUCGGGUUAAUCUGAUACACGACGUCAAUGGAGGGAAGUUGACAUUAUUUCUUGAUGGUGUAGAGAAGUUUGAGACGAAAGAUCAAGGGCCAGGGGACUUAUAUUUCAAGUGUGGAGUUUAUGCUGCACCAGCAAAUAUCAGUUACUAUAUGGAAUCAAGGUGGAGAGAUAUCAAAAUAUACAAGAAGUGCUACUAA